AUGUGUCAGUCUGAUGGUGAAGUGACCCAUGCUGUCACUGAAGUUCCCAGUUCCAGCCCUACUCUGACUAAUGGUGACCAGCUAGCAGCAGUAGUAAGGGACCCUAUCCAGCAGGGUCAUGCCCAGAAUAUGGUUGCACAGGUUUCUCAAGUUAUAGCAUUUGCUGCUGGAGAAUACUACAACAUAACAUUCUCGGUAGAAGGUAAUGGAACGUCUUCAACUCUUUAUGAUGUAUCUGUCACGGAUGACAAAGGAUUUGUGAAGGACUACAGUAAACUUCCGUUUGAUCUCAGUAAAAACACAUCUGUGGAAGGGUAUGUAGUUCUGUUGGCUCCCAACAACACCGAUCCGGGAACAGUUGUUACUGUUACAGUAAGAGCCGAAGCUCAGGAUCUGUCUGACUUCAAUUAUGCUAUUACCUCUUUAACAGUAUCAAGAACGGUAGAAGAUUUAAGUCCCCCAGUUUGUAACAUUACGCUUCUUGCUAAGAACUGUUCCCAGUAUAACUGCAGUAAACAGAUAUGGACUUUGGAGGCAGAAAUCACUGAAAAUGGUACAGGAGUAGCAGAAAUCUACACUCGGUACGGGAAUGGUAGUCUUACAAUUAACGGUUCACAUCUGAAUGAAAUGGGAACAAAUGUAACAUCUGUAAACUAUGUAUCAUCUUGCUGCUAUCCAGCUGUGGAAAUCAUCACAGUUGAUAACAGUGGAAAUAUUGGAAAAUGUGUCGUACAGGAGGUAACAGAAACAAGCUCAACACCAGCACCCACCAGUGAAGUUAGUACACUGAAAACAGACAGAAACAGCACAUCCACCAAAACUACUAUAGCAGUUCAAACUACUAAUGGAAAAGAAUAUUUUUCUAUUUAUCUUAUGCUCACUAAAAAGAAACGUGCUGCUUAG